CUAGUGACGACCAAAACACUGAAAAGGGAGCAGUGCCAGACAACCAUGGGACCCUCAGUACUCUUUCCUCUCCUCCACCGCUUGUCCUCCCUCUCCCUCUUACGAACUGUCACCCCAACAUGGGGCCGAUGCCUCCUCCACCGUCUUGCCCCACCGUCCUGCACUCGUACCCCCUCUUUCCCUGGGCUUAACUCCCAACACAUCCGGAGUAUGUGUGUGGAAUCCACCCUAAGCCACAUCAAGGAGCUGAGUCCACCAGAGCAGAGGCUGUUGAAUAAACUGUAUAAAGGACUAAUCUCAGGUCAGCGGGCCAGUCUGGCUGAGUCCAUUACCCUGGUGGAGACCCAGCACCCCAGGAAGAAAGAGCUGGCCCAGGUCCUGCUGCAGAGAGUACUGGCCUACAGGAAGGAGCAGGAGAAACAGAAUGGAGGGAAACCCCUGGCCUUCAGAGUGGGUCUGUCUGGCCCACCCGGAGCUGGGAAGUCCACCUUCAUUGAGGUGGUGGGGAAGAUGCUCACAGGACAAGGACAUAAAGUCUCGGUUCUGGCUGUCGACCCCUCAUCCUGCACCACAGGAGGGUCUCUGAUGGGUGACAAGACUCGUAUGACUGAGCUCUCCAGAGACAUGAGCGCUUUCAUCAGACCCUCCCCUACCUCUGGAACACUGGGAGGAGUCACCAGGACCACCAAUGAGGCCAUAGUACUCUGUGAGGGGGGCGGCUACGACAUCGUUCUGGUAGAAACUGUAGGUGUGGGCCAGUCAGAGUUUGCAGUGGCUGACAUGGUGGACAUGUUUGUGUUGCUGAUCCCACCAGCAGGGGGCGAUGAACUACAGGGCAUUAAGCGAGGCAUCAUAGAGAUGGCAGACCUGGUGGUGGUCACUAAAGCAGACGGAGACCUGUUAAUUCCAGCCAGGAGAAUCCAGGCAGAGUACACCAGUGCUCUGAAACUGCUCAGGAAGAAAUCAAAGUCCUGGAACCCUAAGGUAGUGCGUGUGUCAUCCCAGACAGGCGAGGGCGUACCAGAGCUGUGGGGUAAGAUGGAGGCGUUCCGCUCAGCCACCCUGUCCAGCGGGGACUUCCAGACCAAACGUAGGGCCCAGCACAAGGUGUGGAUGUGGAGCCUGAUCCAGGAGAAUGUCCUAAGGCACUUCCAGGAACACCCUGCCGUCAGGGGGGAGCUACCCAAGCUAGAGGACAGGGUCACCAGGGGAGCUAUAUCACCGGGCCUGGCGGCUGAUCUGUUACUGAAGGCCUUCACCUCCUCCUCUUCCUCCUCCUCACAGUGACCUUCUAGCCGAAGUGGAGAUCUACUACCAACAGCAUUAUCCAUAUACUGUAACAUUGAUUACUCUUCUCGCCUUGUCUCUCAGAUCACUGCUCUGUAAGGACGAUUUAUUGGUGAAAGCAAGAUGGUGUCAAGCUUUCACCUAUCAGUGUCCAUCUAAAUGAGAGAAGGGAAGGAAUAGUAGAUCUUGGUCCCCCUCCCAACCUCACACAGCACACACUGCCUUCAAAUUGAAACACUGACCUACUUACUAAUACAAGAGACUGGACAUUGCGGUUUAUCGGUUUGUACUUGAAGAGUAUCAAUGGAUGCAGUUUUAUAGAUUUUUCAGAAUCGAUGGGUUGAAUAAAUUAUGAAAUGAA